GCAGCCUGUGGUCUUUGACUUUCCUUUCUCCAUCCCUUUAGUCAGACUCUCUGGUAGUGUGUGACGUGGAUCCAGAUCUCAAGGAAAAGCUGAGGAAGUUUCGGUUCAGGAAGGAGACCAAUAAUGCCGCCAUCCUGAUGAAAAUUGACAAGGAGAAGCAGCUGGUGGUCUUAGAGGAGGAAUUUGAGGAUAUUUCCCCUGAUGAUCUACAGAAUGAGCUCCCGGAACGUCAGCCUCGAUUCCUAGUCUACAGCUAUAGGUACAACCAUGAGGACGGCCGCAUCUCUUACCCGCUGUGUAUGAUAUUCUCCAGCCCAGUAGGGUGCAAGCCGGAGCAGCAGAUGAUGUACGCUGGAAGCAAGAACAGGCUGGUGCAGAUUGCUGAGCUCACCAAGGUGUUUGAGAUCAGGACCACCAGUGACCUCACAGAAGAAUGGCUGAAGGAACGACUGGCUUUUUUCCGCUGAGAUUGACCUGAAUUUACAUUUACCGAGGCUGAUGGCAAAUCGUUUUGUUGACUAAUAAACCUGACCUCUCUCAUA